AUGGAUGAGUCGGAUGAUACUCCUGGAGAAAUAGAAUGGGAAACGAUUAUUCCGCUUCGUCCAGCGGAUAGUGUCGUUUCAAGCCGAGAACGGCAGGAUCGUUUCCUGUAUGACGUGAAUGGACGUCGUAGCGCCGCGUUGACGCAUUACCAGGACAGCUUCUUCGGCGACGAAACCGUUUCUGAAUUAGCAGGAGGAGAAACGUUGGAUGAAGUUCCGACGUUGGAUGAAAUGGCAACGUCAGAUGAAAUGGCUGAAGAAGAGGAGACGGAGGAUUUGUCUGAGCUUAUAGAAUGGAGAGCACCUACUGCCAGACCAGGAAGCAUGAAAGGACAGAAAAUGCAUGGCAGAGAAGCUUCAGUUCAAGCAUCUGGUGCACAAGCGGGUCGUUAUGGAGAUUAUAACGAGGAUGGAGAUUCCACGAACGAUGUUGCACUGGAUGCAAUAGAAACUGAGAUGAGUUACGGGGAAAGAAAAGGUGUCAGGCCUGGAAAAGAUGGGGAUUGGGAUUGGGACUAUGAGGACGUCAGCAGGAGAACAGAUGACAUCAGCAUGGAAAACACAGGUGACGUCAGCCUGGGUGGCAUUGGCAGCACGAGGGACGAUGAAGAUGACAGGAGGGAGGAAGCUGCUGCAUUGUUGCAGGAUUACCGGUACCGGCAAGACAGCACGAGGGAGCAUGAGCAGGAUUAUCACACCAUGCAUGGUGUUUCGGCUAGUGGUGCUGGUGCUGGAGGGGAGGGAGAGGACUUUGAUGAAUUUCAGCAGGGAGGUGGUGGUGGUCAGGUGUCCAUGCUGACAGCACCAGGCGUUGAUGAGAGAGGGAUGAGUAGAGCAGGCACGCAGGGCCAUGGCAGGCCGGUUGCAGAGCAAUACGAGGACAGUGAUCAGGUAUUCUCUCUGGAAGCAGCAGCAGGUGUCGACAAGAGAGAAGCAGGGGAAUGGGACCAUGACCAGAUGGUUAGACCAAGAACUAAGGGUGGUAUUGGGGUGUUGCCGCCGCUCGAGGGAGAGGCAGUAUUGCCUGCACACACUGACAACUGGGGCCUCCAAGAAAAUCCUCUGAACGUCUCUGUUGAAUGA